AUGUUAAGUAACAUUGAUAGCGAGGUGAGUAAAUUGUUGGCAAAUAAUGAAGAAAAUAAACAACAAAAAUCAUCAAAGAUAUGGGUACUACAUCCUCAUGCUAAUUUCCUCAAAUUUCAACCAUCAGAAAAAACUAAUCCCAUUUCAUUAAUCAUUGGAAUCAACGGUGUCUGUACUCGAGAUCGAUUCAAAAUUACCAAUAAUUAUAAAUGUGAUGACAGUACAAUAUAUAAUUAUUACAAGAAUGAUUCGACUAUUGAUUAUAUGAUAAAUCAAAUACAAAAAAUUGACAUGCUCGAUUUACAUCAUCAAAAGGCACUCGAAUGUUGGUGCUCAUCACAAAUACAUGAACGACGAUUAUCAACGGAUAAAAAAUUCUGGUUUUAUUGGUUAACCGUCAUUUUAUUAGUGAUUUUAUCAUUUUUUCUUUUAAUUGCGUUAUUCCUUGCCUUCAUGUAUCUAAAAUGUCAACCUACCAGACGUCUAUUAUUAUUAUCACCAUCACAAAAAACAUCGACACUAUCAUUAUCGUCACCAUCAUUGAGUAAAAAACAACAGCAAGAAGCAAAAAAAUUUUUUGAAUUAGUACAAAAUUCAAACGCUCCUACAACAUUCAAGACACAUUCAACAAAUUUAUUUGAAGAUAAAAGAUCUGAUCUUCAUUCAUUUGAAAAUAGUGAGAAUUUAAUUUUUGAUAGAAAAAUGGAGAUGUAUAAAAUACAUCGAGUUUUAGAUGAUCGAAAUGGUAAUAAUAACAAUACGGCAGCAGUAUCCACCGAACAGAUAUGUUCUACACCAACAAUUAAUAAAAAAACCAUGCACGGAUUUGAUAUAACAAUAUCCGACAUUAGAGAUGAACUACAUCUUGCCAGUAACUUAACCAAAGAAAAUAAAAUGAUAAAAACGAAUAUCGAAGGAAAUGAACGUGUAUCUCUUUCAUGUAUUUUGAAAAAAUUUGAAGAAGAAGUUCGUAAGCGGACUAUAAUGACAACACCACUAACAAAAAUUCUUUCCCCUCUUGCUACUUCAUACAAAGAUCAUCAACAACAACAAGAAAAACCAUUUGAACUGUUGAUGAAAACAGUUGAUCAUAAAAUAGUCGAUAAAAGUGGUGAAGAAAAGACUAAAAAAAAAUAUAAUAAUGAACAAGAAAAUAAAACAAUACCACGAAUGAUUUUAUUACCUGGUAUGAAAAAAAUACACCAUCAAUGUGAUGAUAAUGUAAAGAAAAAAUCGUCAAUAAUGAUAUCUGAAUCACAAUCAUUAUUUGAAGAUGAAAAUAAUAUUGAAAGUUCAUGUUCAUGUCACUCAUGUCAAUGUGAAUGCACAAAAUCAUAUUCUAAUACUUCAACGAUCGAUUCUUCAUAUAUAUCAACCGAUUCCGAAAAACCACUUUUACAAUUAAAACCGAACAGAAACAUUAAAAAUUAA